AUGAAGAAGUCUCCCCACCAUUCAAUCUCCAAUCACAGCACAGAUCGUAGACGCAAAGCUUAUAGAGUCGGUUCCAGCUCAUCUCAUGGAGAUGGCAAUAUAUCAGAUUCGUCUACUACAGCAAUUUUAAGUAAUGGGAACAAGAGGCACGAUCCAAGUGAAAGACACAAGAAAAAGAUAUAUGCGAUCGGGUCAGGCAAACGAAAUCAAGAGACUAGUAGUACUUCUAGAAAGAAAGAGGAGAAACCCCGAACCUCCAAUCAUCCCUACAGUCAGAUCAUAACACCCGAUCAAAAAGCCCACGAAGAAAAACAAAGGUCCUCCAAACGCACAGAAUAUCCCGCCGAUCCUAUUACGCUAGUUCGGUACGAGUAUUAUGAAACCAAAAUAGAAAGGAAGAUAAACCAUGCCAAGUCGGAUUUGCAGUUGUUACAAAGACAGGAUUGGAGCACCGGUGAUACGUGGGCACCCUGGCAGCGAGAAAUCGAGGACCUUGGAAAGCUGGCUAAGGAUGUCGGUGAUAUCAAGAAACAAGGUUUGACACCAUGGAAGGCCAACAAGGAGUUAGAUGAGCUUAUGAAAAGGAAAGGCCAUCUCCUCAGAAAGACUAACAGUCCCUUAUAA